AACUGCGGAUUUCGACGCCAUACUUCUUUUCCCUCUAUUAAUUCGGGCGAAACGAGAGAGAGAGAGAUGCGGAGGAGGAAAGAGAAGCCGGAAAUCCCUAAAACCAUGGCUGUUGCAGAGGAGAAGAAGGAAGACGAUGAAGACGAAGAAAGGGGUAACGAAGGGAACGGUUUCUUUUCAUGCUAUCUCUUGGCCUCUGCGUGCCCUCGUUACAAAGGCCAUACCUAUAUUGGAUUCACAGUGAACCCUAAACGUAGAAUCAGACAGCACAAUGGCGAAAUUAGAUGCGGUGCGUGGCGUACUAAGAGGAAGAGACCUUGGGAGAUGGUGUUCUGCAUCUACGGCUUCCCCACCAAUGUCUCUGCUCUUCAGUUUGAAUGGGCCUGGCAGCAUCCUAAUGAAUCAUUGGCUGUAAGAAGUGCUGCUGCAACUUUCAAGUCUCUAUCUGGAAUUGCCAACAAAAUUAAACUUGCAUACACAAUGCUCACACUUCCAGCUUGGUGUAGUUUGAAUAUUACUGUAAACUACUUCUCAACGAAGUACAUGAAUAAUGCGGCUGGUUGCCCAAGUUUGCCAGGGCAUAUGAGGGUCCAAGUUUCCCCCAUCGAUGAGCUCCCAUGCUAUUUCGAAGGUGAUCGACGUGUGCUUGAAAAUGAGGAUGACUGGGAGUAUAAUAGAGAAUAUGAAGAAUUUUGUAGUUCUCGAGUAUAUGGAUUGAUGACCGAAGUUCCAAAUGAAAUUCCUCAAAACUUGAUGGAUUACCAGACAGGUACAGAUGGAAGACCUCAUGAAUUGCGUGGAUCCGAUGAAGAACUAGAGGACAAUGAACAAGUGCCACAUUCUUCGUGUACUCCGUCUUAUAUUGAUGUCGGUGUGUCUUAUGAGUUGCGUGGAUGUGAUGAACAAGAGCCAGGUUUGUGUGCUCAGCCUUGUAUUGUAGAAGGUAGGACUGAAAUCAUCAUCGAUGAUGGAGAGGAAAACCAAUUAGAAGGGAGUGGUAUGAAAUUGCAGCAGCAACCUGGUAGGAAGAAGAACUUAUCAGGAAUAGCUACUGAAAUCAGCAAAGUUUCAUAUGGGCUUCCUCCUGUUGAGAAUGAGGUUAUAGACGUGUCUACCCCGUCUCCCGACUGCAGAACAAGUUCGUAUAAAUUCAAGAGAAGAGUUAUUACUGUGGUUUAUUUAUAUGGACAUUGGAGUUGGUAGAUCCUCCUCACUAUUGAAAAAGGGAGAGGAAACAUGAAUAAGCUGAAGAAGUUGAGGACAAGAGACGAUAUGUGGAUUGUGGAAGAAGAUUACCACACAGGAGUAUCAGCCUCGGUGCCAUUCCAGUGGGAGUCAGAGCCAGGCACUCCCAAGGCUAAUUUCCCUGAAAAUGGGGCCUUCCUCUCUCCUCUCACGCCCCCACCUUCCUAUUUCUCCACCAAUCCCAACUCCCCCCUCGGCCUUAAUUCUUCUAAGCCCUUUCAUAGAGCCAGUUUCCUCAACAAUGUCUUCAGAAAGCUUUCUAUGAAGGCCAGUCUGCAGCCUCGGUCGCCCGGCUCUUUGUUGUCAUCUUCGUCUUCGAGUUCUAGCAGGGAAAGAGGGACUCCCGGAAGCCCGAGGAGAUUAUCAUUUGAUUCGAGGGUAGACGAUGACAACGGCAACGAAGAGGAGAACGUUGAAUCACCUGUUUCUACUUUGUCCUUUGGACAUGGAACUGAUAAAGGAUGCUACCCAAAGUUGGCUAAGGUAUUUACCAGAGAUUCUAAAUGAAAAGAGAGUUCAUGACGAUCUUCUUCUUUUUUUCUUUUUUGAGUACAAGAACGCGAAUCAAACCAUCAAUAUUUGAGAUGGUAUAUACUUUAUUUACCGAGCUAUGAUCGGUUGUUUCAUGUGGUUAUAAUCUUCUUUUCUAAAUAACAAUGUAUGCUUGAACA